AUGUCCCUUCCUACCAACUCCUCAGGCACGCGGUUUGUCCCUAGCCUCAACGGCACCAUCAUUCCUUACUCCAGAUGUAACAUCGAUACUUGCUCACUUUCCUAUGCACAAGUCCAAUAUCAGCCCUCCGAAAGCGGCAACCUCGCAUACUUGAUCAUCUUCGGCGUUGUACUUCUCGCCCAAUCUGUUCUCGGAAUCAUUUACCGAACAUGGGGGUUCUCUAUCGCCAUGGUGUUUGGCUUGGUGCUCGAGGUCAUAGGAUAUGUGGGGCGUUUACAGAUGCACAGUGACCCUUUCAAUAUGGAUCCUUUCCUAAUAUACCUCAUCUGCCUAACAAUUGGUCCCGCCUUUCUCUCAGCAGCCGUAUAUCUAUCUCUUUCACGGCUCAUUGUGGCCCGCUGUGCAUACCUGGCUCGUUUUGCGCCUCGCACCUACACCAUAAUCUUUGUCACAUGUGACGUCGUCAGCCUAGUCCUACAAACAAUAGGUGGUGCAUUUGCUGCCAGCGGCGGCGAUAGCAAUCUCAAACAGACAGGCGUCAAUGUCAUGAUUGCCGGUUUAUCGUUCCAGGUGGCCAGUCUAUUGACAUUUAUUAUCCUUUCAGCGGACUUCUGGUGGGGAUUAAGAGGUACGAAUGGGGUUUACGAACAGCAAGCUUCAAAACUGAGAACUUCAACAAUGUUCAAGACGUUUCCGUGGGGUGAGUCAAAGCUGUUACCGUGCCGUGUGAAGCAGUAA